UGGAAUACUAUUUAAAAAAAAAAGCGUAAUAAGUAUCUCACCAUUUUAAAGAAUAUAUUUAAUUCCCUGACGACUAAUAAAUAGUACAAUUAUUUUAUUAGUAAUUCAAUUUUUCUUCAAUGGCUGUGUUUACGUGUGAAACACGGACAAUAUUAUAGUCGCUGUACGUACAUAAUUGUUUCAUGCAAUAUCAAAAUUUUAAACGUACAAAUGUAAAGGUCAUAUAUUGCAGUGUACGGUUAAAACCAUUAUAUUACUACUGUAUAAACAAAUUAUUUCAAUCAAUGAUGUUCGAUUAUUACAUUUAAUUGUUACAAUAAAUCAAAAAUGACUACCGCAAAGACAAAUUCAAUAUCAGGAGAGGAAAGUAGCGAGGCUUCAGAUGAAGAAGUCAAAUCAGAAAUAGAAAUGUCUAAAAAAUCAAGUACGACUUUAUGCAAACUUGAUGAAAAAGGCCGAUUAAAUCUUCAUAAUAUAUUGUCAUCCUUCAAUGGUCCUGUUGGAGAAGAACAAGCAUGGGCAUUAUGUUAUCAGGCAGCUAAAACCUUGUCUUCUCUUCCACAAAAUAAAUGUUAUAAGUUAUGUAAAUUAUCACAAAUAUUUCUUCACAAGGAUGGCGAUGUUGUUAUAGAUACAAAAUGUUCAAUUGUCUCUGAACGAAAAGCGGUUUAUUAUUUGGGGACUAUAAUUUUUAAAGCUCUUGAUUUUGGCUCUAAGAAAGAAGAAGAGAGAACUUUGCCCCCUGCUUUGGAAAAGCUGAUUACACUAAUGACAAAUUCAGAGCAAGAUUCUAGAACUGAUUGCGAAACAAGUACAGAACGUUUGCAAGAAACAGAUGAUGAAGGUAUCGAGAGAGAUUCAGGAGAAAUGGAUACAGACGAAUUCGCUAUGGAAGAAACUAAUUCCUCUUAUGAAGGAAAUUCAUCUACAUUUUCCUUGAAGCAUGUUUUGAAUUUAUGUACCAUACAUAUGGAGACUACUACCGAAGUAGCAGAAAUGCAUUAUCGUGCUGUAAUAAGAGCUUAUGUAGCAGAGGCAUUGGAAUUAUCUCAAUUUUUAAGAAAAGUUGCAACAAACAAGCUCCACGAUAGAGAAAAACCAUCGCCUACUACAGAUAAUGCAAAACAUGGGUCAACAUCAUUGCACGAGUUAGAUAGAUUUGGUUUCAAUGACUGGACUGACAUUAGGAUUUGGAGAGCUAUACAAGCAAGAUUUUGGGUUCAAGUUAUAAGCGAGUUAAGGAAGGGUGUUAAAUUGAAAAAAGUAGAAGCCAAUUUACAAUCACGAGGACAAGGGCAGAGACGAGGUGCAGAAUUUGAAUUAACACCUUACGAGAUUUUAAUGGAUGAUAUUCGGGAACGAAGGUAUCGUCUGAAAAAGACACCAUCACCGACACCUCAUCCAAAGAAGGAUGUUCAUGCUAUUAUUCUUGAAUUUAUUCGAAGUCGACCACCUUUGAAAAAGGCAUCAGAGAGACAAUUACCUCCUUUACGAAAAGAAUGCACUUUACGAGAAUUGCUUAUGGAGAGUAUAAAGAAACCCCCGAAGCCUUUGCGAUCAUCACGUGAUAGACGGCAAGCUCCUACGAUUGAAGAAAGAACACGAUCGAAUGAACAGACAUCCGACAUUAAUAACAUGAAAGAAAAUGGGUCGCCGACCGUACCGAAACCUGCUCGUAGAGAUUCCGAUAGUUUAAAUACCAGACGGACUAGAAAAAUAAUCCCCGUUGAUUUCGAUUUGAAGCUUGAUGCGGAAGAUGAAGAUGAUGAGGAUUAUAAUGAUGAAUUAAAUGUAACAAGAUUCGAUGAAGAAGAUGAGGCCUAUGAUUAUCCAUUUGAAAAUCGUGGUAUUCCAAAUGAUAAUAAAGAUCAUGAUCAUGAAAGAGACGACGAAGAUGUGGAUUCAGCGAAUCCUUGGAAAAAAACUGGUGGUCUUCGGCUUACGAGAAACGAGUAUCACCGUUUCUGCGAUACUCAACUGGAAUCAUACGAUCUUGCAACUCAGUGUCCUUCUAGAAGAGCUUCUGCAAGAAAACAUGCAGCCAAGCGUAAUGUUGGUCUAACAUCUUUUACUGGGACAACAUCUCUUCCACAUUCAAGACCUCAAAGUCGACAACAUGCAAGUAAAACAGGAUCAACAUUGAGUCAAGGGACUAGUCCAAAUAUUAGUCUUAAUCCAAGUCCAAGUCUUAGUCCUCAGCCUAGAGCAAGACAACCUCGAAGAUCCAAUACGGUUGUUGAAGGAAAAGAUAGUACCGAUGAUCGAAACGUUGAUUGGCAAGAAGAUAAUACACAGAAACCUACCUUGGGUGAUAUGUUCUUUGAUGAAAGACUUUCAUUAACGUUAGAAGAAAUCGUACAUAUUCGAAGCGUAUUAACUAAAGCCGAAUUGGAAUCGUUGCCUGUUGAGGGCCAAGUGAAAGAAGAUGUUGAAAAGAGGCGUGUUUGUUUCUUGUGUCUAAAAACAAGAUUUGGUUUAUUAGGGCCAUGGGGUCAACGUUGUCGUCUUUGCGAAAGAACAGUUUGCGUUAAAUGUUAUUCCAAAAUGCGGAUUCCAACCGAACAUUUUGCUCAUGUACCAGUGGUAUUAUUAUCUCCUGGUUUAUUGUUAUCACCGUCAUCUUCAGAACCAGAUACAACUGGAAAAAAUUCUUGGUUAAGAGGAGGUACAGGAGCAGUUGGUUCGGCUCCAGCUUCACCAGCUUCUAGACGUAAAGAUUCUGCAUUACGAAGUAUAACACCUUCCUCAACACCUGCCACUACACCUCUUUCGGCUAUAACACCAACUUCAAUUCCUUCAUCUAAUUCUCGGCGAGACAUUGAUGCUUGUACUGCAGAAAAAAGAAAUUAUAAAGGAAGUGGUAGUCCAGCAACUACUACAUCUACGAAAGCAUUUUCAACAUUUGCUAGUCCAAGUUCUGAACAACGUUUAGCGGCAGAACGAUUAAGAGGUGUUGCUAUGGUUGUCUGCCAUGACUGCCGUAUCAUGGUGAUACAAAUAAUUAAAAGUUCUAGGACAACUCGGGCUACAAUACGCAACAAUGUUAUUUCACGUCUUACUUUAAGUCUUUCGCCUGCAUAUGUUUAAAAUAUUUUUUUUUGACUGAGCUAAAAUCCAAACAAACAAAAACAAACAAAAGAAUAUUCCAAAGCUCAGUUAAAAAAAAAAGAAAAAAAAACCAAAAAAAAAACAAGAAAAAAAUAAGACAACCCUGCAGUUCUUCUAAUAAUGGAAGAUAGAUAAUCCUAAAGACAAAAAAAAAAAAAA